AUGCCACCACAAUCAAAGUCUCAUACUAGUCUUGCAUCCCGCAAAUCGUCGAUCUUCUUCAAUCAGCCGCCACCACAACCAGAUGUUUACUACGUUGGAGUUGACGUUGGUACUGGGUCGGCAAGAGCAUGUAUCAUUGAUACAAACGGUAUAAUUCUUGGAUUAAGUGAAAGGCCUAUUACCAGACAUGAAUUGAAGCCUAAUUACAUCACACAAUCGUCCACUGAGAUCUGGAAUUCGAUCUGUUACUGUGUCAAAAAUUGUAUCAGGGAGUCGGGUGUUGAUCCAAGUGAGGUCUUUGGUAUAGGUUUUGACGCUACGUGUUCUUUAGUGGCUAUUCGUGAGUCUACAGACGAACCGGUCGGUGUUGGUCCUGAUUUCAGUGACAAUAAGGAGAACAUCAUUUUAUGGAUGGACCAUAGGGCCGUUGACGAAACAAACACAAUUAAUGCCACUGGAGACAAGUGUUUGAAGUAUGUUGGUGGUCAAAUGUCCAUUGAGAUGGAAUUGCCAAAGAUCAAGUGGUUAAAACACAACUUGCCAGGAGGAAUCGAGGAUUGCAAAUUCUACGACUUGGCCGAUUUCUUGACUCAUAAGGCCACUGAUUCCGAGGCAAGAUCUUUCUGCUCUGUUGUAUGUAAGCAAGGUUUUGUUCCAUUGGGAGUUGAUAACUCCACUACAGGUUGGUCCGAGGAAUUCUUACAUUCAGUUGAUUUAGAUGAAUUGGUUGAAGAUAACUUCCGUAGGUUAGGAGGUGUUCCAAACAAGAACGGUACUUACUUGAGUGCUGGUGAUGUUGUUGGAAAAUUGAGUGAAAAGGCGGCGGAAGAAUUAGGCUUAAGCACUGAAUGUGUUGUUGGAAGUGGUGUAAUCGAUGCAUAUGCUGGCUGGAUUGGUACCGUUGCGGCCAAAGUUGACAUCCCACAAUUACAAGAACCAGGUGAAACCUCAAUUGCAACAUCCUGUGGUAGAUUAGCGGCUGUUGCUGGUACUUCAACCUGUCACAUUGCUAUGACAAAGGAACCAUGCUUUGUUCAAGGUGUUUGGGGUCCUUAUAAAGAUGUCAUGGCACCAGGAUACUGGUUGGCCGAAGGUGGACAAUCGUGUACGGGUGCGUUAUUGGCUCAUGUUUUGUCAAAUCAUCCUGCCCAUUCAGAAUUGGCCCACUUAGCAGACGCCUCUAAUAUUUCUAAGUUUGAUUAUUUGAAUUCGACUUUAGAAAACUUGGUUAGUGAACAAAAUAGCAGAUCCGUUGUCAGUUUGGCUAAACACAUGUUCUUCUACGGUGACUUCCACGGUAAUAGAUCUCCAAUUGCUGAUCCAAAAAUGAAGGCUUCAAUUAUCGGUCAAUCUAUGGAUACUUCUGUUAAUGAUUUAGCUAUUCAAUAUUUUGGUGCGUGUGAAUUUAUUGCUCAACAAACAAGACAGAUCGUUGAAGAAAUGGAGAAAUCUGGUCAUAAGAUUAGUUGUAUUUUCAUGAGUGGUGGUCAGUGUCGUAACGGUUUGUUGAUGAGAUUAUUGGCUGAUUGUACCGGUUUAGCAAUUGUUAUUCCUCGUUAUAUUGAUGCUGCUGUUGUCUUUGGCUCUGCAUUAUUAGGUGCUGUUGCAUCAGAAGAUGCUGUUCAAGAACAUAUCAAUAGCAGAGGUAAGUCGAGAAGAUCCUCAAUUUUAUCUACCCAAAAGUCACAAAGCAAUUUAACUGCUGGUGAUAGUCCUCCAUCUCCUUAUACCGCACCUACUGCUACAGCAUCGACUGCAAACAUUGCUGCCUUAGCGUAUGCUAAUGCUAAUCCAGGAAGUCAACAAUUAGAACCAACUCGAGAAGAAAACGUUGACUAUUUCAACCAGCCUUCAGAAAAGCCAGCAAGGGCUCAUUCUGAAGAUGAAGAUGACUCCGAAGAAGAGCAAACCUUAUCAUUUGGCUCCAAGCAAAAAGUCCAACAAGGGUUGUCUCAAAAGUUGAACAAGUUAGGCUUGAAACCGUUAUCAACUAUCGAUAAGAAGAAGUCAACAGGUGAAUCACAACCUGGCGACAAAUUGUGGAAGGUAAUGGAAAAAAUGACUGGUCCAGGUAGGGUUAUUUUACCUUGUAAAGAAAGUCAUCCUGACCGUAGAUUGUUAAACGCUAAGUACAAGAUCUUCUUGGAACAAUGCUACAAGCAACAAGAAUUCAGAAAGCUGGUCGAUUUAAUUGAAGAAGAAAACUUGAAAAUGUUAAAGAUUAAUUAG